CUCCAGGUGAUCCCCCCCCCCCCCCCCCAGGUGUGUGUGGCCAUGCUGCUGCCUCUGCUGGUGCGUCCGUCCCUCUGCAGCUCUCAGGUGUCGGUGCUGUUGCAGCGAUGCGUCCGGACGCUUCAGUGCGACACUUCGAAGGCCCUCCACUCUCAGACUGAGCACUGCUUCCUGCGGCGGAGGCUUCCUUUGUGCCUCCACUCUCAGAGCCGUGGCGCCAAGAGUCGACACAGGCAGAGCAGGAGCCAAGAGCAGGAGUGGAAGAGCAGGAACAAGACGGUGCUGACGUACAUCGUGGCUGCCGGGGUGGGAAUGAUCGGCCUGUCCUACGCUGCCGUGCCGCUCUACAGACUCUACUGCCAGGCGUCCGGGCUCGGUGGCACGGCGGUGGCCGGCCACGAUGCAGAUCAGGUGGAGUCAAUGACGCCGGUGAAGGAACGCAUCAUAAAGAUCCAGUUCAACGCCGACACGCACGCCAGCAUCCAGUGGAACUUCAGGCCGCAGCAGACGGAGAUCUUUGUGGUUCCAGGUGAGACGGCGCUGGCCUUCUACAGAGCCAGAAACCCCACAGACAAAGCCAUCAUCGGCAUCUCCACCUACAACGUGGUGCCCUUUGAUGCAGGACAAUAUUUCAACAAGAUCCAGUGUUUCUGCUUCGAGGAGCAACGUCUGAACCCUCACGAGGAGGUCGACAUGCCCGUCUUCUUUUACAUCGACCCGGAGUUUGACGAUGACCCGAGGAUGGCACGAGUGGACACCAUCACUCUGUCCUACACCUUCUUUGAGGCUAAAGAGGGUCAGAAGCUUCCUCUGCCGGGAUACAGCUACAACUGACAGAGACAACGCUGAAAGACUCAACCUGGACCUGUGUGUGGGCUUAAAUAUCAGCAGAGCAACAGGAAAGCAGAGGAAUAUAAUCCAAGACUCUUUUCUUUAUUUUAAAAGUCUAUUAGUCUAUUAAUCAAUUAAUUACCAAUCAUUAAA